UUGUUCGCAAAAUGGUAGAAAGGUUUUUUGUUUAGUUUGACAUAAUCUACCUGUACACCGCGGCUUCUCUGUAAGUUAGCGGACACCCUGUAUAUCAAUCACACUAGGAGUAAAUAAGCGUCUGCGUCCGAUGGUGAAUAGUAUCGCCUCUGUCUACCACGUGUACUUGACUUGUAAACUAUUUAUUUUUCUAACUCGGAAGCACUAAGUUUCAGAUGACAUCUCGCAAAAGUAAAAAUCGUUUCAGAAUUCCUUCAAGAUUAUGAUAUUUUAACGACAUGUAGUUGUUUUGAAUCAUCCUGUAUACCGGCUUUUUUAUACGUGGGCUCGCGUGUUCCAAUGUAAAACAAGACCAUAACGUGAUGCGUAUCAUUAGUAAGACUAAUGCUCUUGUUACAUUUAUUAGCUAACGCGCCGCAAAUGGAUUUACAAUGUUAUGCGCGCGACUCAGACGAUCGUCAGCGAUUGUGUCAGUGCUCUGUCAGACAAUUGUAAUCUUUGUCUUCUAUCGCACUGGUUGCAUUGGAAUACAAUACACCUACCCGCUUUAUCGGAACAUAAUUUAACGCGAGACAUAAAAGAAAUCGAAAGAAAAAAGAGAGUAGGAAAAAAACGAUAAUCUAUAUAGAUCUCAGUCGCAUCAAUAUGCCCGCAAUCAUUAGAAUGUUACGUGAAUCGGUUAGCUUCGCUUUAGUCGCAAAGAAACGAGCUUGUCGAAAACUGUCGCGCGAUCUGAAACAGUAAAAUUACUCAUCAUGACGGAAUCGAUAUCGUCAGUAAAAGCGCCUUUCCAAAAUCUCAAAUUCUUGGUUAUAAUUAACAAAUUAAUGGGUUUGAUUUCUUGUAAAUUGAAAAAAGGCCGACUCAGGCCAAGCAAUAUCUGGACCCGUCGUUCCUGUUUAUUUUGGAUAUUGUUUCAUUGUGCGUACACCUUUAUGAACUAUUAUAAGUGGUGCACGCAGUCUGAUAUCGAGACUCUUUUCUUUCUUAAUAUCAUGCGGCUUAAUUGCUUCGUCGUUUCAUUGCUCCCUUACCACUACGUGGCGGCCUUUCGGAGUCGAGAUGUCGUUAAGUUCUCCGACAUACUCGAAACGUAUGACGACAAAGCGACUCUACUGGGACAUCGGAGAGAGGACAAACACAUGUUCAUAUCGCUGUACUUCACGUAUACACUCACUAUACUAACCAUAAAGACGUAUCUCAAGUUCAGUCUGAGCAUAAAACAAGGAACAAUAGCAAUGUUAAUGGUGAUAUUCGAAGACAUCAUCCCUGUUAUAAUUGGUACUUACUGCAUCUUCAUCACCGUCAUAUAUCUGGAUCUGAUACGUCAACGUUUUCGUCAUCUGAACAAGACUAUAGUGCCGAAAGUGUCGGAGUUACCGGUGACUGGAUCGCAGGGCGAGAUUACGGUUUACGAUGUGCGUUAUUUGCACGGCGUGCUCAUCGAUAGCGCGGAACUGAUAGACGAUUUGUAUGGCUUUGGCACCUUGACUACUUUUAUAUCUAUGUUAUUGGAAUUUGUCGCGGUUAUAUACCUAUCCAUAGAGAAAAUGGAGGAGGACAAUAUGACGAUACUAACGAUGUUGGAUUUAUCCUUUCAAACUAUUUACUUAUUCGCAAUGUAUCACUUCGUGGCUUUAGAGGCGAAUCGCAUCGGAGAGAGUGUAGAGAAAUAUGGGCUAUCAUUCCAAAAUACAAAAUGCCGCAUAGAUAAAAUCGAGAUGAUGCUGUAUUUUUAUCACGCGAGAUUUUAUUUCACAGCCGUCGAUUUUUUCAUUUUGGAUUUUACACUUUUCCUCUCGAUAUCUUCUACAGUCGCGACGUUUAUAACUAUAAUAAUAUAAUUUUUGCAAUAAGCUGAAAAAAUUUAUUGGAGAAAAUAAUAUUGUAAGAGAAAACUUUUAUGUAAAAAUGUAACAUAUGAUAACAAACACACACAUACACACACACACACACUUUGAUAAAAAUAACACGUUAUUUAAAUGAGGGCAGCAAGGAUUUCAUUUAUUACAAAAAAGACCUUAAACAUAAAAUUCAAUACAUCAAUAACAUAUUGGAUACAUAUAUUUACAGAAUGCGUUCUUACACGCAUAAUUAAUUUGCACGAAUAUACGAGAAGUGAAACGAAUAUAA